AUGUCUUCUAAGACGUGGUUCCGGGGGAAAAAGUACACAUCCAAUAGAGCUGGCCGAUUCAUUUUCCCCACAUCGCUGAGAAAUCGGACACUCACUGGUAGUCUAAGAUUGGAAAUCGACCUUCAUCGAUCUGAAAUGUCGGAUUCUUUAGUAUUAUCAAGAUUCUUCAAUGAUAAUUGCAACUUCGUGGCAGGUAUGUGUCCAAAAUGUUACGAAGAAUGUCAAGAUAUUAGAAUUAUAAGCAUUAAUAUGAAUUUUUUGAAACAAUUUCAUCGUAAAAUAUUCAAUAAAAUAGUAAAGGAACCAACAUUUGGAUUUACAUCGGACGAAAUAGACUAUAGUGUCAGACAAUUUGAGAAAGUGCAAAAUUUUUUGAAAAUACGUAAAAUAACUUUAGGUAACAUAGAAGAAGUUGAAGAGAACGUUUUACAAUCAAAUAGUAUCCAAAAUGGUAUAAUUACAUAUAAAACAAAUCAGAAAAUAUAUUUACGAGGCCUAAAAGAAAUAAGUAAAGAACAAAAGAAAAAGUGGAGAAAAUAUAAUGCAAUACAUGACGGAAAAGAAAGUAAAUAUUUUCACGAUGUUAAUAAAAAUACUGUGAAAAAUAAGGCUACUGAUAUCAUUUUACAAACAACGCAGAAAAAAUACGCAUUCGAUAAUGAAGUUAAAGAUAGUAAAACUAAACAGGAAGAAUUUAUUACAAAUUUUCUCAUAACAGACUUCGAAUUCAAAUACCUCAAACAUCAAAAGCAAAGAGGUACUUCCUCAUGGAUUCCCCCACGAUCUCCGCAUAACCUCAUAGAAGAAAGUUUAUACACUGAUCCUUGGGCAUUACUUGUAGCUACCAUUUUUCUUAAUAGAACUUCCUGUGUUGUCGCUAGACCGUACGUGUUUUGGUUUCUUUCCGAAAAUCCAGACCCCCUUACUGUUUUAGAUAAAUUUCCCAGUGAUUUAGAAAAGUACUUUGUUAACAUAGGUUUGAGAAAAACGAGAGCAGUGCAAAUAUAUAGGAUGUCAUAUGAAUUUCUUUUUAAGCCAUGGAAAAACGUCAGCCAGCUUUUUGGUAUUGGAGAAUAUGGCGAAUGUGCUUACAGAAUGUUUUGUUUAGGAGAUUUCACCGUUCAACCAAAAGAUAGAUUUUUAAAAAUAUAUAAAGCUUGGUAUGAUAAAUUACUGAAUCAAAAAUUAUAAUAUACGAUUUGUUUUUUAA